UUUCUUGCUAGGCGUUCGAUGGCGUUGGUUCGUUUGUUUCCGAACCGGUGAUGUUAGGCGCCAUGUGUCUAAUGCACUGGUUAAAAUACAUGGUUUAGAGCGAUCCGAAUUUAUUGGAGGGAUCGGUAACUCUUUCUAAGAUUGAUUCUUGGGUUAAAACUAAAUAUGUAUUUGUACAAUUUGACCCUUCAAAGAGCGACUGCCAUCACGCACGCAGUGCACGGUAAUUUUUCCGGCACCAAAACGCAAGAAAUUGUCAUAUCUAGGGGUAAAAGUUUAGAAUUACUACGACCAGACCCCAAUACAGGCAAAGUUCAUACACUGUUGACCAUAGAGAUAUUCGGCAUUAUUAGGGCAGUGAUGGCCUUUAGAUUGAUGGGCGGAACAAAAGAUUAUGUUGUUGUAGGCUCUGAUUCUGGCAGAAUUGUUAUAUUAGAAUAUCAACCUCAGAAAAAUAUUUUUGAGAAAGUGCAUCAAGAAACUUUUGGUAAAAGCUGCUGCAGGCGGAUAGUUCCCGGCCAAUAUUUGGCUACUGACCCUCGUGGUCGAGCUGUUAUGAUUGGUGGUAUUGAAAAACAGAAGCUGGUCUAUAUUUUGAAUCGUGAUGAUCAAACUCGCUUGACAAUCUCAUCUCCAUUAGAGGCCCAUAAAAGUAAUACUCUGGUAUAUCACAUGGUAGGGGUUGAUGUUGGGUACUUCAACCCAAUGUUCGCUUGUUUGGAGAUUGAUUAUGAAGAAGCAGAUACUGAUCCCACAGGCGAAGCUGCUCAAAAAACCCAGCAGACAUUGACCUUUUAUGAACUGGACUUGGGGGUGAAUCACGUUGUUAGAAAAUACUCUGAGCCUCUUGAAGAACAUGCUAAUUUCCUGGUCACAGUGCCAGGUGGAGAUGACGGACCUUCAGGUGUUCUCAUUUGCUCAGAGAAUUACCUAACCUAUAAAAACUUAGGUGAUCAGCAUGAUAUCCGAUGCCCGAUACCAAGGCGUAGGAAUGAUCUGGAUGAUCCAGAAAGAGGCAUGAUUUUUGUAUGCUCGGCGACCCACAAGACCAAAUCCAUGUUCUUUUUUCUGGCCCAAACUGAGCAGGGAGACAUUUUCAAAAUUACCCUCGAAACUGAUGACGAUAUGGUCACGGAAAUUAAACUUAAAUAUUUUGAUACUGUUCCUGUAGCAGCUGCAAUGUGCGUAAUGAAAACGGGAUUUUUGUUCGUCGCCUCGGAGUUCGGAAACCACUAUUUGUAUCAGAUCGCGCAUCUCGGCGACGAUGACGACGAACUAGAAUUUAGUUCAGCCAUGCCGUUAGAAGAGGGCGACACUUUUUUUUUCGCGCCUCGUCCUUUGAGAAAUUUGGUUUUGGUAGACGAGAUCGAGUCGUUGUCCCCAAUACUCUCGUCGCGAGUUGCCGAUUUGGCGGGCGAGGACACCCCUCAAUUAUAUAUGCUGUGUGGGCGGGGUCCGCGCUCUUCACUGAGAGUUUUAAGACACGGCUUGGAGGUGUCUCAAAUGGCAGUGUCGGAACUUCCCGGCAACCCGAACGCCGUGUGGACCGUUAAGAAGCGUAGUGACGACGAAUACGACGCCUACAUUAUUGUCUCGUUCGUAAACGCCACUUUAGUACUGUCCAUUGGCGAAACGGUCGAAGAAGUCACUGACAGCGGUUUCUUGGGCACCGCACCUACGUUGUCGUGUUCGGCGUUGGCCGACGAUGCGCUGGUCCAGGUGUAUCCGGACGGUAUAAGACACAUUUGCGCCGAUAAACGCGUCAACGAAUGGAAAGCCGGCAAGAAGGCGAUCGUAAAGUGUGCCGUCAACCAGCGGCAAGUGAUUAUCGCACUGGCCGGGGGUGAGCUUGUCUGCUUCGAGUUGGACCCUACCGGGCAACUGCACGAAUACGCAGAACGCAAACGAAUGAAUUCGGACGUCUUGUGCAUGGCGUUGGGCAGCGUCGCCCCUGGCGAACAGCGGUCCUGGUUUCUCGCAGUCGGCCUUGCCGAUUCCACAGUCCGGAUAUUAUCACUGGACCCUGCCGACUGUUUGGCACCACGUUCGAUGCAGCCGUUGCCCGUCUGCGCUGAAUCGUUGUGCGUCGUCGAAAUGGGCGGAGGCGGUGAAGGCGAGAACGCGGCCGGUGGCGCGUCGGGAAUCGGCAGCAUGCUGUACCUGAAUAUCGGGCUCCAAAACGGGGCCCUACUCCGGACCGUGCUGGAUCCCGUCACGGGAGACUUAACAGACACCCGGACAAGGUAUUUAGGUUCACGACCCGUCAAACUCUUUAGAAUCCGAAUGCAACAGUCCGAAGCGGUUUUGGCGAUGAGCAGCCGCUCCUGGUUGAGCUAUUACUAUCAGAGUCGUUUUUAUUUGACUCCCUUAUCGUACGAGAGCUUGGAGUACGCGUCCGGUUUUAGUUCCGAGCAGUGCCCCGAAGGUAUCGUUGCUAUUUCUACGAACACACUCAGAAUAUUGGCCCUCGAGAAAUUGGGCGCCGUUUUCAAUCAGAUAUCGUUCCCUUUGGAAUACACUCCCCGAAAGUUUAUCGUUCAUCCCGAGUCCAACAACUUGAUUAUUUUGGAGACUGAACACAACGCGUACACCGAAGAAACGAAAAAGUUGCGCAGAGAACAGAUGGCAAAGGAAAUGAAAGAGGCCGCUGGCGAGGAGGAACAGGAACUGGCCAGCGAGAUGGCGGAGGCGUUCCUGAACGAAGAUCUUCCCGAAAAUAUUUUUUCUGCGCCGAAAGCCGGUCACGGCAUGUGGGCGUCGACCAUCAAGAUCAUGAAUCCGGUCAAUGGUACCCUCUAUAAACACAUCAAGCUCGAGCAGAACGAGGCGGCCAUGUGUCUCGCGCUGUGCAAGUUCCACGGCCAGCCCGAGCACCAGUGGUACCUCGUCAUCGGCAUAGCGAAAGAUUUCCAACUGAACCCAAGAUUGUGUACACACGGGUACUUGGACACAUACAAGGUCGAUGUCAUGGGCCGGGAGUUGGAACUCGUGCACAGGACGCACGUAGAUGAGGUACCGAACGCAUUAUGCACAUAUAGCGGUCGGCUCUUGGCUGGAGUCGGUCGUAUGUUGAGGCUCUACGAUCUGGGCAAGAAGAAGUUGCUGCGCAAAUGCGAAAACAAGCACAUACCGAACUUGAUAGUAAACAUCCAAGCGAUGGGCAAAAGAAUCUUCGUGUCGGACGUGCAAGAGUCGGUGUUUAUGGUUCGUUACAAGCGGGCGGAAAACCAACUGAUCAUAUUUGCGGACGACACCCACCCGCGCUGGAUCAGUUGCACGUGCGUGUUGGAUUACGACUCGAUGGCGACGGCCGAUAAAUUCGGCAACGUUGCAAUACUCCGAUUGCCUAGCAACGUUAGCGACGACGUCGAGGAGGAUCCGACCGGCCACAAGGCGCUGUGGGAUCGCGGUCUGCUUAACGGAGCUUCCCAAAAGGCAGACACCAUAGCGACGUUCCAUGUGGGGGAGAUGGUGACGUGGCUGCAGAAGGCGACGUUGAUACCUGGAGGCAGCGAAUCUCUCAUUUACACCACAAUGUCGGGUACCGUCGGCGUGUUGGUACCAUUCACGUCCCACGAGGACCACGAUUUUUUCCAACACUUGGAAAUGCACAUGCGAAGCGAAAACCCGCCGUUGUGCGGACGUGACCAUCUCUCAUUCCGGUGUUACUAUUUCCCCGUUAAGAACGUGAUUGACGGAGACAUGUGUGAGCAAUACAAUUCGCUGGAGCCGUCAAAACAAAAAAGUAUCGCGGCAGAUUUAGAUAGGACUCCCGCGGAAGUAUCUAAGAAACUCGAGGACAUCAGGACGCGUUACGCGUUUUAAUUUGUAUUAAUU